CCAGGAUUGCCCUCACUCCGUCUCUCGUCUUCCUCCUCGUGCGAGCGCCUCCACCCCUCGUUUCUCUCGCUCCCGUCACGCCACGAACAGAUCCCGCCCUUUAGCUCCCCGUUUCAUCUCCUUAAUAUUCGCCAAUUCGUAACUGAGGCAAAAAUCAAGGUAGGGCGGUCGCGGUCGCCCUACCUUGCCCUACCGGGUCCUCCGCCCUUGCAUGCAUCCAACAAAUUCAAGGUGUCAUGAAAAGACCAAGCCUUGCUGUGUCCGUUCCCAGAUGAACAGCGAAAAAGUAGUGCCUAGUUGGAUAAGAGAUACAUAAUGCUAACAGGAGCUAUCGCUGCUUUAAGAUGAGACUGCGGUUGCAUCUGCUCGUUCUGUGCUUGAUAAUCUUGUUUGUGGUUUACAGCAUGGCGAGUUACCAACAUAGACAGACAGCGUUGGAAGCAAAAUCUCGCCCGUUUGAUACAAUGAUCGAGUCUGACGGGGCUGCUGUUAAGGUGUCUGACGGGGCUGCUGUUAAGGUGUCUGGCCGAGCCGCUGUUAAGGUGUCAGAAAGAGCUGCUGGUAGGAUUGGUUUUUUGCCUCAUGGUAUAGUGGAGCCUUACUCCGACAUGGAAUUGAAGCCAUUAUGGCUCACAAGCAGUGUGCAAUCACAGAAGUCUAACCAGAAUGACCGCUGCUUGAUCGCCAUCCCUGCUGGUAUAAAUCAGAAAAAGAGUGUGGAUGCUAUCAUGAAGAAGUUUCUUCCAGAGAACUUUACAGCUAUAUUGUUCCACUAUGAUGGGAAGGUCAAUGAGUGGAACGAUCUACCAUGGAGCAAAAGUGUAAUACACAUAGCUGCUUCUAAUCAGACAAAAUGGUGGUUUGCUAAAAGGUUCCUCCAUCCUGCUGUUGUGUCGAUGUACGAUUAUAUAUUUCUUUGGGACGAAGAUUUGGAAGUGGAUAAUUUUAACCCAAGAAGGUACUUGAAUAUAGUUAAAUCAGAAAGGCUGGUGAUAUCUCAACCAGGCCUUGAUCCCAAAUUGUCUGAAAUUCAUCAUCCAAUAACCGUUCGGAAAAAAACAGGGAAUUUCCACAGGAGAGUCAGUCGGGCAAAUAAAGACUGUUCAAGAGAAGGGCCUCCUUGUUCUGGAUGGGUCGAGGGCAUGGCACCGGUUUUCUCAAAAUCUGCCUGGAAAUGUGCUUGGCAUCUUAUCCAAAAUGAUCUUGUCCAUGGAUGGGGCAUUGAUUACAAAUUUGGAUACUGUGCCCAGGGUGACAGGACAAAGCACAUUGGAGUCGUUGAUAGUGAAUUUGUAGUUCAUCGAGGAGUGCAGACAUUAGGAGGUUCUGCGAUGACAAAGCAUACUCGUGGCAAGAACUCACAGGCACUCCGUCAGAAAAAUGCUCAAGUUCAGCAACAAACAAGAGUGAGGGCACCAGGACUUGACAUGAGAACAAAGGUCCGGAGAAAAUCUCGGGUGGAGCUUCGUGAUUUCCAGAAGCGUUGGGAGCGGGCGACGAGGGAAGACAGGACAUGGGUUGAUCCAUUCGCCCGCCGAAGAAAAAGGAUGACCAGACCAACAGUAGAUUAGCACACUUCUCUGCUCACAUUUUCUCCCAUUUUUUCUGUGCUCCAGUCAAUUUUGGGAUGCCGAAUGCUCGGUUGUGUAAUUCUGUGCAAAAUCCUUACAGUUGAUAUUCCCUUGUCUACUUAAACGAUAGAGCAUAUUUGAAUGGAAAGUGGCAGUUUGGCAAGA